GACAGAAACGUACAAGACUACACAACUCUGAUGAGAAUAAAAACUUAAUAGAGCUUGCCACAAAAAAAAAAUGUAAAAAGAGUGCUAAACUAGCACAGAUCCUCUAUAUACAUAUUUAAUAAACGGCGACAAGCUAUUGCAUCAUCUAAAAAAGUCUACUUUCAGCCGCGAGUUCCAUCGAUUUGGAGCAAUUAUACACAUUUAAAAGCGAAAAGAAAAAAUGACUGCCCCGCGACGUCUGCGCAAGGAGCUCGUAGAUUUGCAGGAAAGUAGUUUAAAAUCGUUUCGUGACAUCAAGGCCGACGAUGAUAAUCUGCUGCGCUGGACGGGCCUAAUUGUGCCCGACAAUCCGCCCUAUAACAAGGGCGCCUUUCGCAUCGAAAUCAAUUUCCCGGCAGAGUAUCCUUUCAAGCCGCCAAAGAUUAGUUUCAAAACAAAAAUCUAUCAUCCAAACAUCGAUGAGAAGGGCCAAGUAUGCCUGCCCAUAAUUAGCACCGAGAACUGGAAGCCAGCCACCCGCACCGACCAGGUGGUCCAGGCACUGAUAGCGCUAAUUAACGAUCCCGAGCCCGAGCAUCCGCUGCGCGCCGAACUGGCCGAGGAAUUCCUGAAGGACAAAAAGAAAUUUGUGAAGAAUGCCGAGGAUUAUACCAGGAAACACAGCGAAAAGCGUCCGGCCGAUUAGUCCCAUGGAGGCGAGGCGCCGGCGCCAAGCAACAGCAAACGCAGGCGAUUAAACAAACCAAACUGAAACCAGGAUGAGACACGGAUUGAAGCCCCAAUACAAACACACACACACACACACACACACACACACAGCCCCACACAUGCAUACGAAAUUAACACAAAUUUUGUUUAGAAGGAAAGAUGGAAACUGCUCCACGGAGUCCCAGUUUAUGCGAGUCUUGUCAAAUUUGUAUAAACUCGAGAAAUAUUUGUAGUAGAAAUUAAUUUGCAUUAAUUGUUUUUAAAUACAAAGAAAAA